GACACGCCUUCCUUUUGGUCAAUUUACUAUGUGAUUUACACGCCUUCCUUUUGGUCAAUUUACUAUGUGAUUUACACGCCUUCCUUUUGGUCAAUUUACUAUAAGAUUUACACGCCUUCCUUUUGUUCAAUUUACCUAAUAUUUACUUUGGUGUCCCUUUCUUUCGGCCCCUUUGGAAAAGCUUGGAUCCGCCCUUGCUUUUGUCAAUUCACUAUAAAAUUGUAAUAACCAUCUUAUAACUUCGUUUUACUCAGUUGAUUCGCCACAAGCCCCAAUGUGGCCUUCUUGUAUACUAUCCAAUUUAACCACCACUUUUGUAACCAUGUUUUUUGAGGUCUCAAAAAUGAUAACCAAACGUUUAACCAUGAUAACCAACCGAGUCCAAGGUGAAUGCCAUACGUUUCCGUGAGACCUUCCUAAUCGUCUACUAUGGGCUUUAUAUUCUAAGAGUGAAUCUAACCAGUAAUCGCCCCUGAAUUUGUUCUUUUCUAGUCGGAGUGGAUAAAUCGGUUUCGAUAAUUGCCACCGUCUUUGCCGCAAGAUAACACAAUCGACGCACUGCCUCUCUGAUGGUGAAACCGAUAGUGAUAGUGAACCAUCUUGCCUCUUUCAGACUCCUUGCAGACUCAUGUGUUGAGCUAAAUGAACAGUGUUUAGUAAUUUAUUAAAAAAGAAAGGUGUUUCGCCUUUUUAAUAGUAUCUCAUCACUGUGCCUGGUCGUUGAUCAAGCCCGGGGAUUUGGAGUCUAGGCUUUUACAUAUACGGCUGAUGAUCUUGCGGUUCGCCUUGGCCGCCCGGGUAUUGCAUGUUCCGUAUGGUUGAAUAGGUUAAUAGAAACAUACAGGAUUACCAUAUGUUUGCAUGAGUUGUCUUCAUGUCUGAAUGAGUCAGGAGCGCGAUUAAUUACAUAAGUCUGCUACGCUUAAAGGCGAAGAAAUAACUUAAGCAUAAUAUAAAAGCGCACGGAGUUCUUGGAGAAAAUUGAUACCAUGGAUCGGCAGGACAUGAGUCUAACUGGUUCGUACACCUUUAACGAGCUGCAGGACGAGAUGGAGAAUGGCCAUGCGACUAGUAACUCCUUACAGCCUCUACGAUACCCUACGAGAACUAAAACAAGACAUCCGAGACGGACGAACAUUCUUUUAGUUGUCAUGCUCGUGUUGGUAGUCGUUAUCGUAGUCCUCGCUGUUCUGUACGGCUUGGAAGUAAGUAAAAGCAAGCGAGCUAUCUCGGAUGACAGGAAUGCAUGUUACACGCCAAAAUGUUUAAGUAUCGCAUCCGUCAUUCUUGCAAAUAUGAACCUCACGCGAGAUCCGUGCGAAGAGUUUGCGAAGUACACUUGCGAGUUGUGGGAUAAGAAUUAUCCCGAGAAUUAUAUCACCGACCCCCUCAUCCGCAACAAUUUCAACAAACUGCGUGCUCUGAUGGAAGACAGAAGCGACGUGUUACCACCGAACGACCCCCGCGCUAUUGUGAAACAAUACUAUCAGUCAUGUAUCGACGAAAAAACUGUACAAGAAAACUAUAUCAAGGACUUGACAAGUUUUCAGGCCGUGGCUGGUGAUUGGCCGGUGUUAGGUGGAUGGAAUGAGACCAAAUGGAACUGGAUGGAUGCCGUUAUUAAGUUACAAAGAUUCUCCUUGGAGUUUUCAUUUCUCAUGAAGAUGGAAUUAAUAGUAGACCCACAAGACCCUAGCGGUCAUACCUUUCGGAUUACUCCGCCUGAGAUCUCAGACGAUAUUAAGACUAAAGAGGCCAAGUUGCGCGAGCUGAUGGACUGGUGCGAGCUGAUUGGAGCCCGUGGUGCGCAUGUGCGAACAGACAUGCAAAAAGUGAUGGAAUUUGAAAAACACGUGGAACAGAUUAUACCGGAAUUCAGGGAUAUAUACAAGAACUGGUACAACUCUCAUAGCGUGGCGUCUUUAGAGGCACAGUCGGGGUUUCCCUGGUCAGAAUAUUUGACAAAGCUUGUCUCGAUAACGGGAAAGCCACUGGCGAAGGAUAGGAAUCUGGUGGUAACCUCAAUUCCUUACUUCGCAAGUCUCACCAAGCUCAUCAACACGACGGAAAAAAGGACUUUAGCCAACUACCUAUUGAUUGCAACAAUCCAGACACUAAAGCCGCUCUUCUCAACCUCCCUGGGGGGCAAAAAAGUCACCAUGCCACGCUGGGAACGCUGUUUAACGGUGAUCAAUGAGCGCUACGGGCUAAAGAUGGCCAUGGGAUACCUGUGGGUCCAGAAGGAGUUUGACAAGCAGGACAUCCCUGUGCUAAACGAGAUGUGGGGGGACAUCAAAGACGCGUUUCGUCAGCGUCUGGACGACCUUCAUUGGUUGGACGAGGAGACAAAGCAACAUGUGCGUGACAAGGUAGACAUCAUGAAGGGCAAGAUUGGUUAUCCUGAAGUCUGUAACAACCUGACGUUACUAAAGACGUAUAUCAAAGGGAUGCCUCUGGGUGAUCCCGAUCAUCUCCUUCUCAUGGAUAUCAACGUCACCAGCUGGGGAAGCUCCGUGGUCGUGAAGAAGUUCAUGUUGUCUGCCGUCACCGAUGAAUGGGUUUCUGCCCCAUAUAAUGUCAAUGCCUACUACCGAAUGACUCGCAACGAGAUCAACGUUCUUGGUGGAAUGCUUCAGCCGCCAUUUUUCUACGGCAGAAAGGCCCCAAUAGCAGUGAAUUUUGGAGGCAUCGGCUCGGUCCUUGCACAUGAACUCAUCCAUGGCUUUGACACAUGGGGUCGCAAGUUUGACAAGCAUGGCGUGAUGGGCCGGAAAUGGUUUAGUGAUUCCACAGUCCAGCAAUUCAAUGCCAGAUCGCAGUGUAUGGUGGAUCAGUAUAGCGCUAUCUCCGUCCUUUUUCCCGAUAAUACUUCUCUCAGCAUAGAUGGUAACUUCACACUUUCAGAAAACAUCGCUGACAAUGCUGCGCUUAUUCUCGCAUACAAGGGUUAUCAAAACUGGGUGAAGAGACACGGCGAAGAGGGCUUGUUACCAGGCCUUGGGCUCUCUAACGAGCAGCUGUACUUUGUGUCGAAUGGCCAGUUGUUUUGCUUCAGUUCGUCACCGGCUAAUAUCCGUAACCGAAUGAAUCAUGAUAGCCACAGCCUCCCUCCUUACCGAUCAACUGUUACCGCCUCCAAUUUUGAGACAUUUUCAAGACUGUUCCAGUGCCAACGAGGAGCCAAAAUGAACCCUUCACAGCGGUGCACCCUGUGGUGACCAAACUAGCGAAAGAAAGAUGUCAGUAGAUCAUACUAGCCUUACUUGUUUAGCUUACCCUGGGCCAUUCAAAAGUGUCGCGAGUAUACAAAAAGCCUUUGGGUGAAAAGGUAACCGUUUGAAUCUUUAACUGUUUAUGGAAACACCGACCGUGUCUUUUUAGUCGUCUAAUGUACAUAUAGUACCGUAAGGGGUUGAGUUGGACAAUUCUGAAGUGUAUUUAUAGAUUUUUGUGGAACUAGAUUCAGCCCACUAAUGUUUUUGUUACAAAUUGUUACAGUUUUGAUGAUUUUAAAGCACAUUUCAAUUCCCCUUCUUUAGCUUGAUUUUAUUGUCCCAAAAUCGUGACAUCGGGAAAAUAAAGUGACCUUACCAAAACAGCGAAAUCGCGAAAAAUAAAGUGUCGCGAAAUAUC